CAAGACACGUUUAGUGGAGGUACUGCAAUUUCAUAUUUGUGCUUUAUUACACGCGUCAAAAGUAAUCUUGUAAAAUAAAACCAGCUGAAGACCACAUUAUGAUAAAAGUUUUAGUUUUUGUGGUGAGUGUGACGUUUACAAAUUGUGAUGAAAUAGAGGAACUUUUCGCACAGAACUUUGUUUAUGAACUCACAUCCGAGCCUACCAUUGUAAGUGGCGUUGCUCAGUUCUACACAUCAGAUUCUAGUAACUUUACCGAGGUGACCAAAAGUGAUUUCUUCAUCGAUAAGUCGCUAUUGAUAAAAGAACUUUUGGACAGUAAAGUGUCAACAUUUCUAGAGAUUUCUGCAGCACCCCACUUUGGUAAAUCUACUAACUUAGACAUGAUUAAACGGUUUUUAGAAAUCAACGUCGAUGAAAAAGAAAGAAGAGUGAGUAGUAAAAGUUCAGUUAAUUACGAAACAUUUUCAACCAAUAAAUUGCAAAUAUUUCAAUAUAAACAUUUAUUCGAUGAACAUUUUGCAAAGCACCCAGUCAUUUUC